UGGGCCGGGCCGUGCCCGCCGCUAGGGUGGGGAAGGCGGGAAGGAGGAAGGGAAGGAAGCAAGGAGGUCAGGCAGGAAGGAAGGAAACAAGGAAGGAAGGGAGGAGGGCGGUCGGCUAGCCAGGCAGCCAGAGCUGGGGUGUCGGGCAUCCCGGAGCGGAGCUCGGCCCGGGGGUUCAGGCCUGCUCCCCCGGGCGCGGCGCUGGAAGGGCCCCGGGCAGGUGCGGGGCAGGCUCUGUAAGGGCUCGGCCAGCGGGGAGGCUCCGGCCGGGAGCAGCUCGGCACGGCGGCAGUGCGGAAUGCCUGCCGGAGGCAGCUCCGGGGGCUGUACUGAGAGCACUGCCCGGGCACGCUGGCCCCGGCCCCUUCACAGACGUAAGCUGCGCAGGGCAGGUUUGGGUCGGACAUUAGGAGGAAUUCCUUCACGGAAGGGCUGAUUAGAUUUUGGAAGGGCCUGCCCAGGGCGGCGGUGGUGGCGUCCCCAUCCCUGGAGGUGUGUAAGGAAAGACUGGACGCUGCACUCGGUGCUCUGGGCUGGGUGACAAAGUGGGGAUCGGUCACAGAUUGGACCUGAUGGUCUCAGAGCACUUUUCCAAGCUCAGUGACGCUGGGACUCUCGCCCUGGCGAGGGCUGGUUCGCUCCGGGCUCCUGCCGCAGGUGCCAUUCCUGCCGCUGGCAAGUGGAGCUCGCCUGUGGUAUUGCCUUUGGGAGGUUACUGCUCCUGUUGUGUUCAUUUUGGAUGGAGAAGCAGCCUGGUUUGUGCAUUGCCAUGGGUGACCACUGCUUUCCUGUACUUCCCUUGUACUGAAGCCACCAGCAUUUAGUGAUGGAGGCUUUGCUGGAAGGAAUGCAAAGAAGUGGGCGAGGGAGUGGUGGGUUCUUGACCUCCUGUGAGGCUGAGCUGCAGGAGCUGAUGAAGCAGAUAGACAUCAUGGUGGCUCACAAGAAAUCCGAAUGGGAAGGGCAGACACAGGCUUUGGAAGCUUGUCUGAGUGCUCGGGAGCAGGAACUUUCCUCUGCCAAGGCAGCUCUGCAGGAAAAACAAAAGGAGGUUGGCGUGCUGCGUCGCCAGGUUGAGGAGGUGGAAAAAUCCAAGCAGGACAUGGUUAGAGAGUAUGAGCAGCAGCUGAAGAAAUUCCAGGAGGAGUUGUCCCGGCUGAGGAGGAGCUAUGAGAAGCUGCAGAAGAAAAAAACAAGAAGCAGAGGAGAAGCUAACAAAGGACAAGAGGAGGACAAGUUUGAAUUGAGCCGACUGACCAGGAAGCUGGAGGAGUUCCGUCAAAAAUCACUUGACUGGGAGAAGCAGCGCCUGCAGUACCAGCAGCAGGUGGCAUCGCUGGAGGCGCAGCGCAAGGCUCUGGCGGAGCACUCUGAGCUCAUGCAGAACACUGCAAAAUUCAAAGUGAGCACUCCCCCAGGCUGCUGGAACCAGACCCAGCUGGCCAAUCGGAAGCAGAUCCUGGACUCAGUGGAGCUGGCGAGCCGCUCAGAAAUCCAGCACUUGACCAGCAGGCUGGAGAGGGCCAAGGACACCAUCAGUGCCAAUGAGCUGGAGGUGGAGAGGCUCAGCAUGAGGGUGGAUGACCUCAGUGAGGACAAUCGCAUCAUUCUGGAAGAUCAGCACAGAGUUCAAGAGGAAUUAAAGCAGUCCAAGAAAAUGUUAGAGGUGCUGCAGGAUGAGAAGAUGGAACUGAGAGCCACCUUGCAGUCUCAAGAAGAUUUCAUUAGCAGCUCGAAACUGCACCAGGAACAGUUACAGAAACAGCUGGACAGGAUGACUGAAACUCUUCACACAAAAGAACUCCUCAUCAGGGCCCUGGAGGAGCGCUUGCAAGGGAAGCCAUUGUCCUCUGCAGGCCUGGAGCUGGAGCAGGUGCUGCUGCAGCUGGAUGUUGCCCAGAAGAAGGAACAGCACUUGCAGUCAGAGGUGACUCGUCUUGAGAACAGCCUGGUGUCUUCAAAUGCCAGGUGUGUGCAGCUGAGCGAGGAGCUGGGUGAGAAUAUCAAAGAACUGCAGUCCCUGGAAGAAGACCAGACUGAGUCAAGGGCAGAGAUUAAAAAGCUGAAAGACCAGCUCUCUCAGGCUGAACAAAUGCACAGCAGUGAGCUGGAGGGGAUGAAAAGGGAGAUCUGCAGGCUGACACAGGAGCUGCAGCAGCGGGACAUCACCAUUGCAACGGCGAGCGGCUCCACCUCAGACCUGGAGCAGCAGCUCAGAGCAGAGAUUGAAAGAGCAGAGAGAAAAGCAGUGGAGCACAGGGUAAUUCUGGUCCAGCUGGAAACUUUGAGGCUGGAAAACCGUCAUCUCUCAGAGAUUCUGGAAAAAACAGAGUGUGGUAAGCUGAAGGGGGGUGAUGGCACCCUGAGAGCCCUCAGGGAAGACUACACUGCUGAGCUCCAGAAAUUAAUAGCUGAGAACCAGCAGCUGCGGAAGGACCUCGCAGAGACCAGGGCAAAACUGAGGGUCACUGCACAGGUGUGCCCAGGUGAACCUGAGGGCAUGGCUCAGCAGGGGCAAGGCAAAGAGCCCAGGCAUGUACAGCACAGGGAAGUACAGCACAAGCAGGAUGAGCACACAGGAAGGACACAUCUCCAGCCUGACAGGACUGCUCAACAUCAUCACAGGGACUCCCAAAGGUGUGGGGCUGCUGAAACAGGAACUGUGAGCCCUGAGACGGGUGAGCCACCCUCCCAGAGCAGCAGCGAGAACUGCAAGGAGUCACGUGCCUGGCUGGGAGCAGAGUCUGUGCUUCAUGGGGUGCAUGAAAACAAAGAUUUUGCAGAUGGAACAUCUAAGCAGCCUGCCUUAAAUCAUCACAGAGAAUCUGUGUUUUUGUGCCCCUUGCCUACAGCUUCUGUGGGAUCCAUUGCUGCACGAUACCUGGAAGAUGAAGAAGUGAGAUCCCAGCACAUCCUGGAGUGCCUAAAUGCUCACAUUGAGGAACUGAAAAAAGAGAGUGCAAAGAUAGUGAGACGAUUUGAGCACCAGGAAUAAUGUUCCUUGUGGAAUUGGAAUGCUGGUUUCCUUAUGUGCUUCCAAACUAUGACUGGGAAUGUGCCUGUAUCCAGCUGGGAUUGGAGCUUGAGUGAGAGGCCACAUGUCCCACUUGGAGCUGAGUCAGCAGGAUGGGAGUUGAGGAAAAGGAGCUCCUGUCUACAUGCUUGCUCUGAUGAGGGGUGUUGCACCACAAACAUUUUAGUCAGCUUGCCAUAGGUCAGAGACCUGCAUCACAGCUAUGUGCUCACUCACAAAGUUGAUGGUGUUUUUUAAAAGCAAUUUGCUAGUUUUUAUGUAUUUAAAGUAUAUUUUAUAUGUGUAAAAGCAUUGAAAUAAAUCAGAAUGGCAAACA